CAUGAGUAAUACGAAAUCUAACAUGAGAGAGAAUGUCUUCCCGAUAGACAAGAGUUAUUUAUACUUCAAUCUCAACGUUUUAUCUGUGAUGGGUAUAUGGAAUCCUUGGGAAGAAGGAUACAAACACUGGAUUUACAAGAUUUACGAGUGGUACGUGAUUAUUGUGAUCAUGGUGAUGAGACUCACAGCAAUACUUGUCCGAGGAAUCAGCGCUGAGGACACAACCCAAUUCCUCCAAGAGUUCUCGUUGCUUGCGGUCGAAGCUGCUGAUACCAUCAAGUACAUAGCUUACAUAUUUCAUCGACAGCAAGUGUUGGAGCUUUGCAGUGCAUUCAAUUGGGACAGACACUUGGCUGGAACAGAAGAAAUAACACAAUUUCGUAACAAAGUACUCACGAACUCUCUGAGCGCAUCGAAAACAUUCACCAUCGCUAUAGUAAUAGCUGUCAUUUUGUACUACUGUUUCUAUUACUAUGCUGCUCUUGGCUACUCCGAGUAUAAACUUGAAAAGCUACCUAUACGAACCGUUCCAUUAAAGUAUUGCUUCAUACUGACCAAUUUCUGGGUGGCCUUUAUCUGCGAUUACAUAACAUUUACUUGGCUUGGACUGAUAGCUGUUACUCACGAUGCUUUUAUCAUGGCAUUGAUGAUAAACAUAACGGCGCAAUUGGAAAUUCUGAAUUUUCGGUUGGAGAAAUGUCACAUCGAGAUUUUCGAGCUCUCUGAUGACUAUAAAAACCAUGAACAAUCAAAAUUGAUUCAUUUUGAAUCCGUUGAGAGGGAGAUGCAUGAUAAAUCAGUGGCUCUCGAUCCAAAUGCCGAGCUCAUCAACUGCAUCAGAUUUCAUCAACAUAUUAUCAAGAUGCUGAAUACGUUCAGAACAAUAUACGACAAAGCACUUCUGCCGCAGCUGCUCAUAAGUUUGCUUUUGGUCUCCAUGUCUGCUCUGCAAAUGAUACUGGGUCAACAAGGAAAUCUCAGUGAUUCAGUGGGUGCCCUUGUAUUCUUGAUCGCUUGUAUACUUCAACUACUGGCGUUCUGUUGGGGUGGUAACAUCAUUCUGGUUGAGAGUGAGAAAACGAGUUAUUCACUGUACGCUUCACACUGGUAUUAUCGGGACACAACAUUUCGAAAUAAUGUGAAAAUAUUUCUCGGUGCCAUCAAGAAUCCUCUGAUUGUCAGUGCCGGUGGUCUUGUUGAUCUGUCAGCCGAGACCUUCAAAAAUAUUCUCACUAAGGGAUAUUCAGCAUCAACGGUCCUGAAAAAUACAGCUUGAUGAGUUACUUCACGUUGGAACUCUAGUCGUCGCUUAGGCUGAAAGAUUUCUCAUCAUCCUCUACUAAUACUGUCUUAAAUUAUUUCAACAACUCCAAUAUGUCAUCCGUUUAUCACUGUAGUAUAAUUUAUAUUUUCCGAAUGUCAUUAGUAAAUUGAAAGCAUAGUUGAUGAAUGUAAUUCGCUGAGUUUAGAGUGGUUCAAAGUUGACGCUUUUGAGGGAUUGUUGAGGCACUUUACAUGAGGUAUAUUGGAGUUAUAUUGAGUGAA